AUGCUUCCAACCAAUACAAUACACGAACAGACACUUUUAUUCUUGUUACAUCUGCUGUUACAGAACUCUAAUGAUGAUUCAUUCCUUCCGUGCUUGGAAAACGAUGAUAACAAUUAUUGUCCAGUGAAUAAUACUUCCACUAAUAAUACUACGAAUAAUACCUAUGCUAAUAAUAAUAUUGUGUUUGAGAAGGUAGAAGAAUGCAAAUUACAACCAUCCAAACUAAUCGAGAUGAAGUCAUCCAAUCAUACUUCCAACAAGAAGCAUUCAAUGAAAACCCUCAAUUAUAACUCCACCACCACUCCAAAGAUCAACUCCUCUUAUCCUCCGCAUGUAAAUACUACUCCGAGCAACAUUAGCAAACCUAAUAAUGUAUUCUUCAUCGUAUCGACUCUGGAAUCUAUUAAGGAAGAAGAAGAAUUGAAGAAAACUCUUCCGAAACGACCAAGGGGACGACCUCGUAAGAAUAGUUUCGAAUCAAUGAACAAUUCUUCUUCAUCUAAUUGUGUUUCUUCUUCCAGCAGCAGUAAACGAAUCAAAAUGGAUUAA